UUAAUCUCCCCCAUUGUUCCUACCUUCCAGGCAUGUAUAGUGAUGAACAGCAGGAAAGCCAUGGCGGUGACUAUGCCGGAUAUCAAUGAAUAAUUUAUCCUGUGCCAUGUUGGUUUUCUCACGGAGCGAAUCAAUAGGUCAAGGAAAGGAUAUAGAAUGAAUACACCAGGUGGAGAGGUAAAGCCGGUUGUCGUAUCCAAGCAAGCAGAAGAGGUCAUCAAUGGAGUAGUCACACAGGUGGUGUGCACCGCAUUCUCUGACCACAUCCUGGUGGUAGUGACACAAUAUGGGAAGAUGGGAACAUUGGUCUCUGUUACUCCAAACAUGGUGUCCGGUGAGCUGGGCAAACCCACGCUGACCACUAAGGUGCUCCUAGGAUGUGAUGAGCCCUCCAUUCACGUCUGUGCAAAGAAUCUGGUGAGCUUCGUGUCCCAAGAAUCAAAGAACAAGCCGGUGCUGUUGUCUGUGGCAUUGAAGGACAAGAGUGUGGACUGUAUAAAGGCCCUGAAAGAAGUGAUAAAGGGUUGUCAGGUCUGGUGACCCAGGAAGAUUCCCGAGGGACGGAGCUGGAUGGACAUAUAUGAUCCCUAUGCCUAGUAGUGCUGACUGCAUAUUGGGGAUGGCUUGCACUGCUCACUUUCUGUGAUAAUUGAUAACUGUGUAAUCACUUUCUAUAGUUUUUUUUUUUGGACUGUUUUAGAUUAAAAGAUGAACCCAG